AGCGUAACUAUUGUACCACGCCGGGGCCUGGCUUCAUGUGCGUACCUUUCUCGUUUGCCCUGCUCUCAUUCAGAUAAGAGAAACAAAAACACAGACGCCCACCUAUCGUUGCCUCCACUCACUUUCUAUCACAGCUACUCAAGAUGGCGGCAGCUUCCUCCAUCCAGCCGCCGAGCGUUCACUCUUUGAACCAGGAAAAUGCACCUUUCACGGAUUCUGACAGCCCGUUGAGUCGACAGGAUGAGGACGCAGCAUCCGAGGGGACCAGUCUCCGAGACUUACCGGAUUUGGAACCGGAGGAAAUUGAGAAGAGGCUGGAGAAAACUCGCCGGGAGCUGAGCAACAGGAGGAAAAUCCUAAUUAAAAACCUGCCUCAAGAUACAACCAACCAGGAGGUCCAUGAGAUUCUGAGAGAGUACGAGCUCAAGUACUGCUUCGUGGAUCGCAACAAAGGGACAGCGUUUGUGACCCUGCUGAACGGUGACCAGGCUCAGGAUGCCAUCCGAUCCCUCCACCAGAGCGGCGUGCGCGGCCGGGACAUCACGGUGCAGCUACAGCCCACCGACUCCCUGCUCUGCCUGACCAACCUGCCCCAUACCUUCACGGCCCAGCAGCUGGAGGACCUGGUCCGCUCCUACGGCAACAUCGAGCGCUGCUUCCUGGUCUACAGCGAGCUCAGUGGACACUCGAAAGGCUACGGCUUCGUGGAGUACAUGAAGAAGGACUCUGCGUCGCGGGCCCGGUCGGAGCUGCUCGGGCGACCUCAGGGGGACCGCGCCGUCAUGGUCCAGUGGAUGGACGUGAACCAGCUAACCGCGGGUCACCACCUCCACUCGAAGUGCCUCUGCGUGGACCGACUGCCGGCAGAAAUCGACUCGGAGGAGCUGACCCAGCUGUUCUCCGACCGCUACAAACCAGUCUUCUGCCAGCUGGCCCAGGACGAGGGCAGCCCAGUGCACGGCUUCGGGGUGGUGGAGUACGAGAGGGCGGAGCAGGCGGAGGCCGUACUGAUAGAGAUGGACAGGACCCUGGUGGGGGGACAGGAGAUUCGCCUCUCCCUCUGCACCCCCGGGACCUCCGGCAGGAGCACCCUGGCCGCGCUCAUCGCUGCUCAAGGCGUGAUGUUGAGCAAUAAGAAGGGCUUACUGCCGGAGCCCAACCUGGCCCAGCUGCUGAACAGCAUGACCAACCCAGCAGCCCUGCAGGUUCUCAUGAGACCCUAUCAUUCUGGGAAACGAGGAGGGAAGUUUGGGCGCCCUCCCAACCUUUCUCCCUUUCUCAGACCCCCCCUCACAGCAGCCCUGUUACAAUUGGGCAAGGUACAACAGUUUGUCUCCCAGAGUGCCUUGUUGGGAAACGGUCUGGUGUUGCAGAACCUCCUGCACAUGCAGCUGGCCCAGCAGCAACUCCUUCACAUCAAAGACAAGCACAUUACUCAUGUACCCAGUCUGCUAGGUGACCCAUCUCGUCUCCUGUUACAGAAAGCCCUAGGUCUCAGACCUCCAGCCCCCAUGACCCUAGGCAAAGGCCUUUUGGGGGAUUCACCCACCGAGUUGGGUCAGGAGUCCAUGCCAGCGUCCAAUCAGACCUCAGUUUCGGGAGCGGGCAUGAUGCCAUACCUCCAGGCCCGGGCACACCUGGGCACGCUCAUGGGAUCAGAACAGAACGGGGCCGCUGUCUCCACUACGGCCUCUGACAGGCAGCCGGCGCCUCCUGGAACCACAGUGAACCCUCAGCCCCAGGGUCAGGGGUACUCUCUUGGAAUGAGUAGCCCGGGGCUCGGCCCCCCACCGCACAAAACCCCAGGGGGCCACCAGCCCAGCCUACACAGCCACGACAGCAUUGAGAGCAGUCCAGCGAGCGGAGCUCUCAGCAGUCAAAGCUCCCUACUGGGUGAACCCCCCAAAGAGAUGAAGCUACCCUCCAACCCCUACCUGAAUCUAGCUAGUGUUUUACCUGGCAUGGUAAUCCAAGCCCCGGUGACCAGCAAAGCCCAGACAGGACAAGCUCUAGCUGGGGUGUACAGCUGCGCUAUACCCCAUGUCUCCCAGCCCACCACCUCCCACGCCCAGGCCCCCUACAGCACUGACUCCUCUGCAGACUACAGCCACUACAGCCAAGCAUAUUCACAGGAGGCCAUGCAGCAGUGGUACCAGCACUACCAAGCUCAGGGCUACUCUACUGCCCCUCAGGAGAGCCAAACUACAGACUUUACCAAGGAGGACUCUCAGCAGGCAACAGCAGUGCCGUCCUAUGGGGAUUACAGCUCUUACAUGCAAGCUGUCAGUCAAUACUAUUCUCAGCCUCCCAUGACCCAGCCGCCACCUCAUGCCUACCAGCCCAGAGAGCCCGCCAAGGAGGCUGACGUAUGUAAGCCACUGGGUGUGUCCCUGCAUGCAGUCGGUAACGGCGGUGUCCAGUCAAUGUUGCCCACCGCUGUCCUGCCGGCCUACAGCGCCAUCCCAAUGAUGCCAGGCUUCAUGGCGGCACCGCCCAUCGCCACGCACACCCACCCAGCCAACUCUGUCACACACAACCAAAGUGCCCACGCCCAAGCGGCCAACGAGUGGAACCAGUAUUACUAUAAUCAGGCAGCUCGAGGCCAGAAGCGGGAGUACCCCCAGUUGGCGGGGCAGGAUAUGCCAGCGGAGGUGGCGUACGUGGGUCAGCAUUCCCAGGGCCUUGGGGGACAGUACGCUGACUACUUCAAGAAAAAGAGGGUCUAGAGAUGACCCCUUACCCCUGUGCACCACAACACCUAAACCACACAAUAAACGCACAGUUUUUAGUUUUGUACGACGUUGGUACAAAACACACACACCCGCACACCAAAAUGUCGCUUUUGUCCUGUUCAAGCCUUAACUCUGAGCUCAUAAAUAUUUUCUCAGUUGUGUUAAUAUUUCCUGGUUAAUAAUCUGUACACUGUUUGUAAUGUAUAUGUGAGCUGCUUUUGUAUUUUUCGGAGUCAGUCACUCUGCCAGUCUGCCAUUAUGAAGGCCGACCAGUGUGUAGUCAGAUUUAACCUGCUGUUUCUAUCGCUCUGUCUUUCUUCAAAUGAGGGAAACUGUUCAGUGUUGCACACAGAGUUACUUCGGUGCCUCGCUGUAACUGACAUGUUUUUUUCUCUUUUCCCCGACUGCCUAAGCAUCUCUUUUUUGAUCUAUUUCUUUGUAAAAUUCCUGUGUGUCUGCGCGUGUGUCUGCGCGUGUGUCUGCGCGUGUGUCUGCGCGUGUGUC